UGGGCUCCCAGGACAGACCUUAGAAUCGUGGGGCAAGAGUAGUGCAGGAGGAUGAAGGAGGCGGAACUGAACAGAGAUGUGGCUAAAUUCUGCACUGACAACCAGUGUGUCAUCCUACAGCCCCAAGGACUGGGGCCUAAGUCAGCUGCUCCCAUGGCUCCCAGGACACUGAGGCACGUCCAGGCCAUUGUGGCACUAGUGGUGGUGACUGUGUUCUUCUCUCUCCUUGCUCUUUUUGUGGUGGUUUUACAGCCUUGGAGACAGAAGCAGAAUGAGGAUCAUCCUGUCAAAGCCGGGCUUCAUGGAGGCAACUACUCUGGAUCUGACAAUUGUUCCCAAUUUGUCCGGAGGGCAGAAAUGCAAGAGGCUAUCCAGAGUCUCAGGGCCUCUGGGAAUUCUAGCAGCUGUCACAAGGAGAUACAGACCCUGAAGUACCAGAUGGACAAUGUUAGUUCUCAGGUGCAGUUGCUUGGGGGCCAUCUGGAGGAAGCCAAUGCUGACAUCCAGCAGGCAAAGGAUGUGCUGAAGGGCACUGGGGCCUUGGCCUCGGAGACCCAGGCACUGAGAAGCUCCUUGGAGGUCGCCAGUGCGGAUAUCCAUAGUCUGAGAGGCGAUUUGGAAAAGGCAAAUGCCAUGACUUCCCAGACCCAAGGUCUCUUAAAGAGCAGCACAGACAACACCAGUGCUGAGCUCCAUGUGCUGGGCAGAGGCCUGGAGGAAGCCCAGUCUGAGAUCCAGGCUUUGAGGGGAAGUCUGCAGAGUUCAAAUGACCUCGGCUCCCGGACUCAGAACUUUCUCCAGCACAGUAUGGACAACAUUAGUGCUGAAAUCCAGGCCAUGAGAGAUGGUAUGCAAAGAGCUGGCGAGGAGAUGACCUCAUUAAAGAAAGAUCUAGAAACACUUACUGCUCAGAUUCAAAAUGCAAAUGGCCACCUGGAGCAGACAGAUACCCAGAUCCAGGGGCUAAAAGCUCAGUUGAAAAGCACCAGUUCCUUGAACUCCCAGAUUGAGGUGGUCAAUGGCAAAUUGAAAGACUCCAGCAGAGAGUUACAGACACUGAGAAGGGACCUGAGUGAUGUCUCAGCUUUGAAGUCCAACGUCCAGAUGUUACAGAGCAAUCUUCAGAAGGCCAAGGCAGAGGUACAGAGUUUGAAAACAGGUCUGGAGGCUACCAAAACUCUCGCUGCCAAGAUUCAGGGACAACAGAGUGACCUGGAGGCCCUGCAGAAAGCUGUGGCUGCACACACGCAGGGGCAGAAGACUCAGAAUCAGGUUCUCCAGCUGAUCAUGCAGGACUGGAAGUACUUCAAUGGAAAGUUUUAUUACUUUUCUCGUGACAAGAAGUCAUGGCAUGAGGCCGAGAAUUUCUGUGUGUCCCAGGGAGCACACCUGGCUUCGGUGACCUCUCAGGAGGAGCAGGCAUUCCUGGUACAGAUCACAAAUGCUGUGGACCAUUGGAUUGGGCUCACUGAUCAGGGCACAGAGGGCAACUGGCGCUGGGUGGAUGGGACACCAUUCGAUUAUGUCCAGAGCAGAAGGUUUUGGAGGAAAGGCCAGCCUGACAACUGGAGACACGGAAACGGAGAGCGUGAAGACUGUGUUCAUCUGCAGCGGAUGUGGAACGACAUGGCCUGUGGGACCGCCUACAACUGGGUGUGCAAGAAGUCUACAGAUUGGUCUGUGGCCAGAACGGACCAGAGCUGAGUCUCUCCCCCCUGAGACUCCUAUAGCCUUGAACUCUCCUCAGGACUUCUUGUGUCCUGUGUUGCCAUUGUCUCGCCAUUUAAAACAUGCUUGCCUCCUUAAAGAUAAGCCCUGCAUGCUAGUGUCCCCUUAGUGCCCCAACAGGUCUGCCUAGAUAAGCCCUCAAUAAACACUCAUUGAAUGG